AUGGCGGAGAUCGCACAGAAGAUCGACGAACUGAUCAACCUCGACGACUCGAUCCACUGGUUCUGCCCACGCGCUUACGAUGACGACUCCGGCGUCUACCACGAUGAGGACUGUCUCGGCAGUCUCGACACCGAAUCAGCACAAGAGAAGACGGUGCGAUUAGCGAAGUUGAAAGAAGGCGACGACCGCAAAAGUGAGAUACUGGAUGCUUGCAAGAUUCUUGCAUACGAUGGAGGGGAUGCAGAAGAGUACCAGACGAAGCUCAAGAGAGGCCUGAAAGCACAGCUCAUUCGCUGCGACAUAUGCGUACGCGAAUAUCAUCGCUCACGUGGUCAGCUUGAAGAGAUGCUGGAGAGCGAGUACGAGGCCGCCGAGGUGCACUCAUUCAUGGAAAAGUUCGAUCAAAUGAAUAUCUCUUGCAUCGGAGCUGGGCUGAACAGCAUGACGGAGAGUCUGGUAGACCUACCAAUCGACAAGCGCAGCAUAAGAGCCGCUGGCGAUGUUGGCAUGUACGCUCUCUUUGAAGCACUGAACUGUGGUCCAUUUCUGGAGAAGGAGGAGGUUCUGGAGCGGUACUUCGACACACCUUUUCGACUGGUGCAGACGAAGACAAAGCUGAAGCUGCCUUCUUGUGCGCCUGGUGUGGCCGCAUUCUUGUUCUCCAAGGUUGAGCCAAGGAGGGCUUGGGCACAACGGAACAUCGCAGCACUGAAGCGUCCGUUGACUGGUGCUGAGUUCGAGCACAGUGUCAAGAAGUACUUACAGGCCGCUACCACACGGGUCAACAUUACUAUGCUGGAUGCCGCCUUCCUGCCUAUCUUCUGGAGUGCCAUAAGGCAUAUGCUCGACAAGCUCACAGCUGACUUGAUCAGCAGUCACCUCCGGACGAUGGAGGCUAACAUCUACACACUUGGCAUGGAUCACUGGCAGAUUGACGGCACACACUUCGCAGAUCAGAUCGCAUGCUACCAACGAUUACUGGAACUCAACCCAACUGCAUUUUGGGAUGCAAUGGGUGGUAUGCCUACACAUGCGCUCCCCGAACAGAUCACGCAGUCACCAGCUCUGCAACGCAUGCUUCAGACAAAGGAGGACACCCAACCUUUGCGAUUGGAAGAGAAGCUCGCAUGGGCUCUUCCACUCAUUCGCUCCAUCAAGCCUGCCAAUCUUGUCCCACCAGCCCGCACACUUUUCCGACAACUCUUGCACACGUUCCAAAAAGACGAGUAUUCUCGGUACGCACAAACGGUCUGCUGGAAGAUUGGCCUCACAGCUUUGCUUGAGACCAUAAAUCGUGUUCGCCAGCUUAGCGGUGGUCCAGUAGUGGUGAACCUUAUUGAGCUGAUCUCCAAGGAGCAUAUUGGCUCUAUCCUGCAGGAACUUGAUGGCAUUGAGAAGAAGCGCGAAAUGUCUAUCGACGAGACGGAGCAGCUUAGCUUGGACAUCGUGGAGGCAUCGCUUGCAUUGGACGUGCAGACUCUUUCGUACAGCCGGGAUGUGCUCGUCAAGACAAAAGCGCUCGAUCAUGAAGUCUCUGUCUCCGGCCUCAACAUUUGGAAAAUGUCCAUGCGGCUUGUCAAACCCGGACAUCCUGCUCUGGGCACGGCAGUCUUAUCUGGCACGACCGGCCUCCUGCGUCUGGAACAAUUUGCCAAACGUGAGGUUGAAGCUGCGAGUAAGCCGACCGAAGCAUGGAACAGUGCUCUCAGCCGACUACUACGGCACGUGCACCAAGACAUGCUCGACCGCCUCGAAACUUCUACCCCUGAACAGCUCAUCGAGCUAUAUCAGGAGCAGAAGGCUGCUCGCGGCUUGAUGUCGCUGCUUUUCAACGGCUCUGAGCCUACCCACCAGGCGACGCUCGACAUCUUUAAGACCCUCUCAGGAGAAGACAAUCGACGUGAUACUCUGAUGCACCUCCUCAGAGCUUUUUUUGGCACGACGCUGAGCUCUGUUGCCAAUGCCCAGGACAUAAUCGCCAAGACCGCCAUCUUUAGCCCAUGUCCUAUCUUCCUCAAGAUCAGCAGUGAUAUCUUCGCCUGCCUGUGCGACAGUGAAGACGGUCUACUAAGAGAGAUGACCUUGACAGACGAUGAAGAUCUCAAGGCUUUGGCAUCGUUCUGGGAGAUGACUUGGACGGCGCUCGAGACCAUCUUUAGCCAAACGGAGAAGUGGAGUCAACUUGGCCAUGAUAAGCAGAUGCUUCAGGACUUUUGUCGUGCGACUAUGGACUUCGCUGAUGGUGCCUUCGACCAAUACAGCAUCAUUGCCACCACACUCCAAAACGCGCAAGGUGACAAUGCCAACAAGAAACACGUGGGCAAGGCUCUGCUGCAGUUUCCGAAACAGGCAUUCCAUAGUAUCACGAAGUGGUUGAGGCUGAGAGACGACUAUCUGAUCACGAAGGCCGUCUCGCUCACAUCCAAGAUGCUUAUACGACUACAGGCUGUGGGUAUCGAGGUCGACUCGAAGACAGCGUUAUUCGUCGAGGAUGUCGUUCUGAGUACGGAGAAGAACGCAAGGGUCAGGACGAAGUUGUCCAUGAACCAGAAGGCCGAGCUGCAGAGCGCGCUGGAAAAGCAUCUUGGCGCGGAUCUAGAAUCUGUCAUUGAGGUUCAGCCGCUGAAUCAGGGUACAUUGGGCUUCCGCUCCUCUACACCUGGGAGUUCAGGCCGCAGUACUCCCAUCCCAGGUGCUGGCUCGAAGGUUAAGGCAGGCACUAUCGACGUCGACGCUUGGUCCAAGCAAAGUGAGGCCGACAAGGCUCGUCGUCAGCAGAUGUCUGAGCAUGAGAAAGCUUAUGGGGACCUAAUGAAUGGCUCGACGAAGGCCGGGGAGGCGUACAAGAAGAUGCAGGCUGCGAAGAAAAUGCCUGCUACGCAGCGUGCGGCGCAGAAGUCAAGGGAUGAUAGUGUGAACUUUCUUGCCAGGAGGAAGAUGGAGCAGGAGGCUGCGAAGAAGUCUAGACUUGCGGCUGUGGCCAAGCUCGGCGCUGGGAGUGGAGUGGCUGGCCUGGGCGAUAUGGGCAAAGAUCACUCGCUCAAAGGUCAGAACGUCAUGGUUUCGUCGGACGAAGAGAGUGGUGACGAGGACGACGAUGACGAUAUGGACGAUGAUCUCUUCGGCCCCAAGAAAGAGCGUAAGAAGAUUGACCGACCCGCUCUGCUACCUGAUGGUGCGGUUGGCAUGAGACCAGAUGUGCGCAAGGGCCCAGUGAGGAUCCAGCGCACACAGCGAAGUGUGAAGGACAUGCGGGCUCGUCUGGCGCCAGAUCUGCGCAACCUACAUACCGUGAUUCUUCGAUGGGAUUACUUUCAUUCGGGCGACUACCCUCCUGCCAGCAACGAGAACCUCUUCAAGCCCGUUGCCGACUCAUACCGAGAUCCGAACAGCUAUCAGGAGACCUUCGAACCACUUCUGACGCUUGAGGCAUGGCAGGGCAUGGUAAAGAGUAGAGAAGAAAAUGCCAACAAAACCUAUGAAGUCAAAGUUCAGAACAGGAGUAAUGUCGACGCUCUGAUCGAGAUCUCCUCCUUUGUUUCACAAGUCGAGAACCGCGAUCUAGGACUGCAAGAAGGUGAUAUCAUCCUCCUAUCCAAAGCCCGUCGACCAGCCGAAGAUGCCACGGCUCCGCUUUGCCUCGCUCGCCUAUCCAAGCUCAAACGCCAGAAAGCGCAGAUCGAAAUCGUAUACCAACUUGUACCUGGCUCUUCAUUAGCUCCUGGGCUGACGGCACAGACUGUCGUCUUCGCACAGAAGAUCCAGUCAAUUGUGCCGCUGGAACGCGAGUAUGGUGCUUUAAAGGGUCUACAGUACUAUGAUCUUUGUAUGCAGAUUAUUCGUGCUGCGCCCAGUAAGAGGUCGGCUGCCUCGGAGAAGAUGGUGGCGGGCGUGCAGGAUAUAUGGAAUGUCAACAGGGCGCAGGCGGAAGCUGUGCAGGCUGCGCUUGAGAACGAGGGGUUCAGUUUGAUCCAAGGUCCACCUGGUUCGGGAAAGACGAAGACGAUUGUUGCAAUUGUUGGUGGGUUGCUAUCUGGCGUGCUCGGUGCUGCCGGUUCUGGAGCGACCAAGAUCACUGUUCCGGGUCGCACGGGUGGUGGCGGUGGGAGUGAAGGUACGGCGAAGAAGUUACUCGUUUGUGCACCAUCGAAUGCUGCUGUUGAUGAGCUAGUCAUGCGUUUGAAGGAAGGUGUCAAGACGAGGAACGGACGGCAUCACGCUAUCAAUAUCGUGCGCAUCGGCCGCAGUGACGCUAUCAAUAGCAACGUCCUUGACGUGACGAUGGACGAGCUUGUGGCGAAGCGGAUGGGAGGCAACGGUAAAGACGACUCGGUGCGAGCCAAGAAUGCCGAAGUCUUCAAGGAGCAUGAGAAGGUCUCUGCACGCCUACGAGAGUUGUACCAGCAACGAGAUGGUGGCGAGUUAAAAGGCAAAGAGCUCACAGUUCUGGAGAACGAUAUCGUGAGCGUGAGGAAGAGGAAGAACGAGAUGGGUGUGCGUAUCGACAGUGUCAAGGACAGCGAGCGUAAUGCUGGUCGUGAAGCGGAGCUGGGGCGCAAGAGAGCACAACAGGCAGUUCUGGAUGAAGCUCAUGUCAUUUGCGCCACCCUCUCUGGAUCGGGACACGACAUGUUCCAGUCUCUGUCUAUCGAGUUCGAGACCGUGAUCAUCGACGAAGCUGCCCAAUGUGUUGAGAUGUCGUCGCUCAUUCCUCUCAAAUAUGGAUGUGUGAAGUGCAUCAUGGUUGGAGACCCGAAGCAACUUCCUCCUACCGUCUUCUCGAAGGAAGCAGCUCGAUUCUCGUACGAGCAGUCCCUGUUCGUGAGGAUGCAGAGGAAUUCUCCGAACGAGGUGUUUCUGUUGGACACGCAGUACCGCAUGCAUCCCGCUAUCUCGCAAUUCCCGGCACAAGCAUUCUACGAUGGUCUUCUUAAAGACGGCGAUGGACUGGCAGGUAUGCGAGAGAGACCUUGGCAUGCUAGCUCGCUUCUGGCACCUUACCGCUUCUUCGACGUCAAGGGUCAGCAUUCAUCUGCUCCAAAGGGCCACUCGCUGGUCAACGUGGCAGAAGUGGAGAUCGCUAUGAUGCUGUAUGAGCGUCUGACAACCGACUUCAGGGACUACGACUACACUGGCCGCAUAGGCGUCAUCACACCCUACAAGUCUCAGCUUCGCCUCCUGAAAGACAAGUUCUCGCAGCGAUAUGGGUCCGAGAUAUCUGACACGAUCGAGUUCAAUACGACGGAUGCUUUUCAGGGCAGGGAGAGCGAGAUCAUCAUCUUCUCCUGUGUGCGUGCCAGUCCACACGGCGGUAUUGGGUUCUUGAGGGAUGUUAGACGUAUGAACGUGGGCUUGACACGAGCGAAGAGUUCGUUAUGGGUGCUUGGGAAUGAGGAGAGUCUUGUCAGAGGAGAAUUCUGGAGGAAGUUGGUAGAGGAUGCGAAGGCGAGGGAUGUGCUGACUGGUGGUAAUCUGAAGGGAAUGCUUUCGAGGUCGUCGAGAGACUUUCCAGCCGGUAAGCCUGCUGCUGGUGGACAGCAACGUCAAGCAAUGACGUCUGCCACUCCAGUACCUACGAUGCGCGCAUCUCCUGCCGCACCGCCAACUAGAGUGCCUUCAACAACGAUGUCAGGGGUCGCUCCAGCCAAAGCAGCUGCCAGCAACGAGCCGACUCGGCCCGUUGCUCGACAUAUGAAGAAGGAUUUGGUAGUGUCUGACGAGACGGACAGGAUGGACGGCGUACGAUACCGCUUCGAAGAUCGAAUCAAGAGUAAGAAGACUUCAAGCGCCGCGCCGGACAUCAUCGACAACGACGUAGAAAUGGCAGAUGCUCCUCACGACAACGAAGACGUAGAGUCAGUUGCCAGCGACAAGACUUUGCAACACGAAGGCGCUGCACCUCGCUCUGAAGAGGGACGGAAGUCUCGAGCUGAAACACCCCUCUCCAGCGCCUCUGGCGUUUCCAAAAGUUCCGAUAGAGGAGGAGAUAAGGCCGUUGCCCGGGGUGAUGGGACUGUCAAGCACGGUGUGGUUGCGCCUGUAUCACAGCCUAUGGCGAAGAAGAGGCCUGCGGCUAAUCCUUUGCUGCAAAAGAAGAAGAUGAAACCUGUUCCGCGGUAG